GCCGCCCCUGCCCAGGUACUUCCGGUGGUGGUACCGCAAGACGCGCGUGGAGAAGAAGCGCCCCUUCAUCGACCUCCUGAAUUCGCAGCCGCUGCGCCAGAUCUACGGCUGCCCCUUGGGGGGGCUUGGGGGAGGCACCAUCACCCGGGGCUGGCGGGGAGACUUCUGCCGAUGGCAAAUGAACCCUGGGCUCUAUCACUACAAGGCAGUGGUUGCUGACCAGUUCACCGUCUGCCUGCGCCGCAAGGGCCAAACCGUUUACCAGCAGGUGCUCUCCGUGGAGCGGCCCAGUGCCCUGCAGGGCUGGAACUGGGGCUUCUGUGGCCACUAUGCUUUCUACCAUGCGCUCUACCCUCGAGCCUGGACUGUUUACCAGCUGCCCGGACAGGACGUGGUGCUCACCUGCCGACAGGUCUCGCCGAUCAUCCCGCACGACUACCAGGAGUCCAGCCUGCCGGUGGGGGCCUUUGUCUGGGAGGUGGAGAACAGCAGCGGCCAGGAUGUAGAGGUCUCCAUCAUGUUCACCUUCCGGAACGGCUUGGAAACCAAGGAGGACCGGAGCGGAGGCCACUGGAACGAGCCCUUCGUGCUGGAGAAGGACGGCUGCUGCGUCCGGGGAGUGCUGCUGCAUCACUGCGUCCCGGUGAACCCCUACACGCUGGCCAUCUCUGCUCUAGAGACGCCAGGCACCACUGUCACCCACUGCACCAGCUUCAACCCUGCUGGCACCGGGCAGGACGUGUGGCAAGACCUCCUGGCCGACGGCAAGCUGGCAUCCCCGCCAGGGAGGGCCCCCCCCUCUGAGAAGGGGGAGGCCUGCGCAGCGGCCGUGUGUGCCACCCGUGUGGUGCCGGCCGGCGGGCACGGCACGCUGGAGCUGGGCCUGGCCUGGGAUAUGCCUCGCAUCCGCUUUGGGUCCAGAGAGAAGGAGCACCACAGGCGGUACACGCGCUUCUUCGGCCGGGAGCAGGAGGCGUGUCCCGCCCUCUCCCAUCACCUGCUCACGCACUACAAGGCCUGGGAGCAGCGGAUCGCGGCCUGGCAGCAGCCCAUCCUGGAGAACAGCGAGCUGCCCCCGUGGUACAAGUCGGCCCUCUUCAAUGAGCUGUACUUCCUGGCGGACGGAGGCACCCUCUGGGUGGAGCUGCUGCCGGACGACGCGGCGGCCCUGGGAGCCGGCCAGGGCCUCUCGCAGCUUCUGCCAGUCCUGCGGGAAUACGGGAGGUUUGCCUACCUGGAAGGCCAAGAGUACCGGAUGUACAACACGUACGACGUCCACUUCUACGCCUCCUUCGCGCUGGCCAUGCUCUGGCCCAAGCUGGAGCUCAGCCUGCAGUACGACAUGGCUGCGGCUGUGCUGAACGAGGACACGCAGUCCCGGCUCUACCUGAUGAGCGGGCAGAUGGCCCAGGUGAAGCUGCGCAACGUGGUCCCUCAUGACAUCGGGGAGCCCGACGACGAGCCGUGGCAGCGCCUGAAUGCCUACUUGAUCCACGACACGGCCGGCUGGAAGGACCUGAACCUCAAGUUCGUGCUGCAGGUGUUCCGCGAUUACUCCUUCACGGGGGACGCCGCCUACCUGCAGGACAUGUGGCCCGUCUGCCAGGCCGUGAUGGACUCGGAGCUGAGGUUCGACAGGGAUGGGGACGGCCUCAUCGAGAACUCUGGCUUCGCGGACCAGACGUACGACGCCUGGGUUGUGACCGGGGCCAGCGCCUACUGUGGCGGCCUGUGGCUGGCGGCCGUCUGCGUGAUGUGCCGGAUGGCAGAGAUCAUGGGCUCAGGGGAGGUGCUGCAGAAGUACGCCGCCAUCUUGGCAAGGGGCUCGGCAGCCUUCGAGAGACUGCUCUGGAACGGCAAGUACUACAACUACGACAGCGGAGGGGGCCCCUCGUCGGACAGCGUCAUGGCGGACCAGCUGGCCGGACAGUGGUUCCUGAGGGCUUGCGGCCUGGGCGAGGGCGAGUCGGAGGUGUUCCCCCGGAGCCACGUGCUGAGCGCGCUGAGGACCAUCUUUGAGCUGAACGUGCUCGGCUUCGCCGGCGGCACGAUGGGGGCGGUGAACGGCAUGCGUCCCAGCGGGGUGCCGGACACGUCCAGCGUGCAGUCGGACGAGGUGUGGGUCGGGGUGGUGUACGCCCUCGCCGCCACCAUGAUCCAGGAGGGCCUCGUGCAGGAGGGCUUCCGCACCGCCGAGGGCUGCUACCGGACCGUGUGGGAGCGGCUGGGCAUGGCCUUCCAGACCCCCGAGGCCUACUGCCAGCGCAGGGUCUUCCGCUCGCUGGCCUACAUGCGCCCCCUCAGCAUCUGGGCCAUGCAGCUGGCCCUGGAGCAGCAGGCGGGCCGCGGGCCACGGGCCCCCGCCGGCAAGCAGGCGGGCACCCCCGCCAGGCCCUGAGCUGCGGGGGGAGCUGUGCCUGGCCACGCAGGGGGGGCAGCCGCCCCCAGGCUCUGCUGUGGUUCGGGGCCCUGGGGCUGGCGCCUCCCUCCCCUGGCUGGCUCAGGGUUCCCUCCAGCGUGGUGAGGCGGGGGCACAGAAGCCGGAGCGGUGCCUCGCUCCCCCCCAGGCCACAGCUGGCCCUCCGGGUGGUGGAGCACGGGGGGCUCGCCUCCCCCAGGCCCGCCCCCUGCCCCUCCCGCACAGCACAUAUGAAGGAUCCCCACCGCCCCCGGGCCGGCCGAGGGGGCUGUGCUCUACUGCAAGCAGGGGCAGCAGCCUUGCUGGCCCCCCGGGCUCCCCCCGCAUCGAUUUGCACACAAUCAAGCGCUACGCAAUCGGGUUGUGCUGGGUUUGUUUCUAGGUGCUGCGAACUUUUAAUUCAGAAUAAACGGAACUGCUGCCCACAGGG